GAAAGAAAAGAGAAAAAAAAGAAAGAGGCAACCUAAGCUCUACCCAACUAAUUUGGAAUUUCUGGACAUUCACCAUAUUAUAUAUAAUAUACUCUUCCGUUGCAGCUCCAAAUCAAACCAAAAACAGAGCAUUUUCUAAUAUUCUUACACUUCCUACCAAUCUUCUUCUUCUAUAAAUGAAUUGGACUAGAGGGCACAUAAUAGGUCACGGCUCCUCCGCUGCCGUCUCCGCCGCCAAAUCACGUUUCUCAGGUGAAGUUUUUGCUGUCAAGUCAGUGGAGCUAUCCAAGUCACAGUUGUUGCAAAAGGAGCAGAAAAUUCUGUCCCAAUUGAGGUCCCCUUAUAUAGUUAGCUACAAGGGGUAUGAUGUUACAGAAGAGAAGGACAAACUCAUGUUUAAUCUUAUGAUGGAGUACAUGCAGGAGGGUACACUUUCCGAUGAAAUUCGGAAACAGAGUGGUUGGAUCAACGAGCCGUUGAUGGGUUAUUAUACCAAGCAAAUUCUUCUAGGACUAGAGUACCUUCAUUCAAGGGGCAUAGCACACUGUGACAUCAAGGGGCAGAACAUUUUGUUAGGGAAAACCGGUGCCAAAAUUGGCGACUUUGGUUGUUCCAGGUGGAUUGAUCCGACGGAGAGGGACGGUGGUAGGGCGGCUUCUUCCACCGAGCCAAUUGGAGGAACGCCGAUGUUCAUGGCACCAGAGGUGGCGCGUGGGGAAGAACAGGGGUGUCCUGCAGAUAUUUGGGGAUUGGGAUGUACAAUUAUUGAAAUGGCCACUGGUGGAUCGCCAUGGACAAAUGUGUCCACCGCAGCUUCAUUACUCUACCGAAUUGCAUUUUCUGGGGAAUCCCCUGAAAUUCCAAAUUUCCUCUCUUUAGAAUCAAGGGAUUUCUUGAGCAAAUGCUUGAGAAGAGAUCCAAAAGAAAGAUGGACAGCUAAACAGCUCCUCAAGCAUCCAUUUCUUGAGGAAAAAUCCAAUUUGAAUUCAUCGGUAAAUCAAGAUUCCCCAACCAGCAUUCUUGAUCAAGACAUUUGGAAUUCCGUGGAAGAAUCAGAAAGCAUGGAUUCUACAAUAUUACAAACAGUUAGCUCUCCACUGCAAAGGGUAAGAGAAUUGGGUUCGAAUUCAGAAGAAUUGAAUUGGAGAUGGAACGAUGAUGAGAGAUGGAUCACAGUUAGAAGAAUCACCAGUGAAUAACUCGUUCGAUGAUUCUUGCUGUAAAUUUUGUACUAUAUAACAGUGUACAGAUCUAUUAAUAUGAAAAUUUACUUUUAUUCCUGAA